CUCCGGCAGCCGCGGAGUCUCUGGAGCUCACGCUCGCGGCGGCGGCUCCAGCGACUCCCGACUCCCGGUGUCUCCAGUGGCGGCGCCGUUCGCUUGCACGCGCUUCUCCUGGACACAGGGCUCGGGUACUUCCCGCUGCGGCGCAGAUCCCCCGCGGCUCCGGCUCCGGCGGUGGCACGGCUCAUGCCUCCGGGCUGAGAGUGCGCAGGUGGGCCGGCCACCGCGGGGAGAUAGGCCCCCGGGGGCGGCGGCGGCGGUGGGACCAUGGCCCGGAGACCGGGGGCGCCGGCUGCCUACGGGGAGGAGUUCUCCUUCGUCAGUCCGCUGGUGAAAUACCUGCUCUUCUUCUUCAACAUGCUCUUCUGGGUGAUUUCCAUGGUGUUGGUGUCUGUAGGCGUCUAUGCUCGGCUGAUGAAGCAUGCAGAAGCAGCCUUGGCCUGCCUGGCAGUGGACCCAGCCAUCCUGCUGAUCGUGGUGGGCGUCCUCAUGUUUCUGCUCACCUUCUGUGGCUGCAUUGGAUCCCUCAGGGAGAACAUCUGCCUCCUGCAGACGUUCUCGCUCUGCCUCACCAUCGUGUUCCUGCUACAGCUGGCUGCUGGGAUCCUGGGCUUCGUCUUCUCAGACAAGGCACGAGGGAAAGUGAGUGAGAUCAUCAAUAAUGCCAUCGUACACUACCGAAAUGACCUGGACCUGCAGAACCUCAUUGACUUUGGCCAGAAGGAGUUCAGUUGCUGUGGAGGGAUUUCCUACAAGGACUGGUCCCUGAACAUGUACUUCAACUGUUCAGAAGACAACCCCAGCCGGGAACGCUGCUCUGUGCCUUACUCCUGUUGCUUGCCCACCCCCAACCAGGCAGUGAUCAACACCAUGUGUGGCCAAGGCAUGCAGGCCGUCGACUACUUGGAAGCUAGCAAAGUCAUCUACACCAAUGGGUGUAUUGACAGACUGGUCAACUGGAUACACAGCAACCUCUUCUUACUUGGCGGUGUGGCACUGGGUCUGGCCAUCCCCCAGCUGGUGGGAAUCCUGCUGUCCCAGAUCCUCAUGAAUCAGAUCAAAGAUCAGAUCAAGCUACAGCUCUACAACCAGCAGCACCGGGCGGACCCGUGGUACUGAGAAUCCAUCCUGCACCUCCUCACUAUGGCAACAGGCGAGCCUCCUCACCAACAGCAGUGGGUACAUCUCUCAGCACCCAGUGGAGAUUUGGAUUCCAGCCCCCUCCCCCAGCAACAGCCCAGUGGGAAGAAGCAAGCUCCUGGCAGGCAGAAGGCAGGUGCCCAGGUGGCUCAAGUCUCUGGAGGAUAUGUCUCCUCUCCCCUUCCUAGCCUUCAGCAUUGCUGGAGAGUUAUUUUGUAUUGUUUCUAAUCUUACUUAUUUGGGCUCAUGUUUAAGUUUUGUCUGGGCAGAGGUGUUUGGGAACAGCAGUUGCCAAAGUCAUGGGGGUUCAGCUGCUGCUUUUCAUGGAGGCACUGUAACUGACAGCUCUACUAAGGCCGCUUCUGAGCUUGACAGACACACUCAGAUUCCAGCUGUGUCCAGCAAGACCUGGCUGGAGAGUGGACACAGCAGCCCUGCCUGGAGCCCAACUGGCAUGAUAUCAGCUCCAUAAGGGAAGGGAAUGAAGCAGGCCAUGAGCUUGGAGGUCGGCUGGGGACAGUGGCAUGUGUUGGGAAGCAAUGGAAGGCGAUAUGUUUACUAAAUGCCUGCCCUGCCAUCCUCCUAGGUAGUCAGAGUGAGGUACAUCCUGUCCCUCCCUCGUUUCCAUGGAAACAUGGCAGCAAGAGCAAGGGGGAGAGCCCAGCCAAAUUCAUCCCUCUUUUCCCCACCCCCUUUGAAAAAUGUUUGGGACCAUAGUCUCUGUAUUAUGCACCCAGUAGAGGUGGUACUGAGCCAUAGCGCUUUUGAAUUCCUCCCAUCUGGCCCUCCUUCUCCAGCAAGUGGAGUUUCUUUAACCUUGGCAGUGUGCAGAGGAGGCGAGGUAACAUCCAACCGCCCCCUCCCCCUUUCCCCUGCACCAGAGCUCACUAUUUCUACAGUGUAAAAAGCAGGGAUCUUGCUGGGGCAGGGGGAGCCAGAAAUGGCAAUAAAAGUUUGUUGACCUGGGCUA